AUGGAGCAGCAGCAGUCCAGUCCUCGAGCCAUACCCAACACUCUCAUCUCGUCCUCCUCUCCUCCUCACCCUCGACAACUCGAUUCUCCAAGGCCAAUAACUCCAGCGAGUCCACUCAUGGAGGCACAGACGGCCUUUGACCAGCCCGUAAAGCUGAAAGGUCGACACAGAUUGCUACAAGGCCUGCAGCGCAUGUCUUCUUCUCCAUCCCUCCCCAAGUUGGGUAGAAAUCGUUCCAGUGAGAAGGUGUACAAGUCUGGCCAGAAAGCUUCCAUCUCCUGCGUCUCUCUCAACUCUCCACCUUCGGCGUACUCAUUAUCACCCCAUGCUUCCUAUACCUUUUCCAAUGGGUUUUCUACGGCGCCAACGACUCCCGGUUCACCCUGCAGCCAGCAGUCCUACUUCGAGACAAAUGCCCGCGUCCGAUUGUUAGACCCCAAUGAGAUAACCACCGUUCCUGUGCCAGUCGAUGUCCGUGUCUCUAAACCACUCUCCACUCCGCUUCCUGAAAUCUCAGAGAAGCCGUUCCCGCGACGACCCAACUUCAACUUUUGGAAAGAUCUGCCAUAUGAGUUAAGAGUAUACAUUUUAGGGUUUCUAUCCCCCAAGGAGAUCAUCAGGGUGUCUGCAGUGUCCAAGGAGUGGCAUGAUAUGUGCUUCGAUGGCCAAUUAUGGACGAGCCUCGACUGUCAGACAUAUUACCAACAGAUCACUUCGGAAGCCCUGAUUAAGAUCAUGCUCAAGGCCGGCGCUUUUGUCAAAAACCUCAAUCUCAGGGGAUGCGUGCAACUGCGGGACCAGUGGCUCAGCCUGGGGACAAGAAUGACAAACCAAGAGUGCCGGAACCUGGAGAACUUCAGCAUCGAAGGGUGCAAAAUUGAACGGUCAUCUAUUCAUUUCUUUCUCCUCCGAAAUCCGAGAUUGCUCCAUAUCAACAUGCCUAGCAUGCAGAACAUCAACAAUGCAACCAUGAGAAUCAUUGCAACCCAUUGCCCUCAACUCGAGCUGUUGAACAUCGACUGGUGCUCCCAGAUUGACACCAAAGGUCUCAAGAAGGUCAUCCAAUCGUGUCCAAACCUCACCGAUCUGCGGGCCAGCGAGGUUCGGGGCCUGAACGACAACGAGUUCAUGCUCGAGCUGUUCCAGCGUAAUUCGCUGGAGAGAUUGGUCCUCCAGCACUGCGACAGCUUGACAGAUGAAGCGCUGGAGACCAUGAUCCACGGCGUCGACCCUGAACGGGACGUGCUGACUGACCGACCCCUAGUGCCUCCUCGGCGACUACGACAUUUGGAUAUCUCUCGGUGUCGAAUGCUAACUGAUCGAGGUUUGAAGGCUCUGGCCCACAAUGUACCAUACUUGGAGGGCCUCCGGACGUGCCAGAACACAACCUUGACCGAUGAUGCCUUCGAAGACCUCCUACAAUCGACACAACGUUUGUCCCACUUGGAAGUUGAAGAGGUCGAUCUUCUUACAAAUGCAAUGCUGAUCAAUCUCUCAAAGUCAAAGGCCGCACAGACGUUGGAGCAUCUGAGCAUUUCAUACUGUGAGCAGAUAGGAGAUAUUGGGGUGUUGCCACUCCUCAAGGCCUGCCCUCGCAUCAAGUCUCUGUGUUUGGACAACACCAGAAUCUCUGAUUUGGUGCUCAUGGAGGCCUCUGAGCAAGUUCGAAAACGGGGCAGUACAACCAAGAAGUCUCAGCGACCCACGAAAGGCCUGGAGCUGGUUGCGUUUGAUUGCGCGAAUGUCACCUGGGCCGGUGUCCGCGAGAUUCUGCAAGGAAAUGGCCGCGUCAUGCAAGGCCGGAAGAAGUCAGUCGUGCAGACAAUUGAUGGUGAGGAUGAGUUCGGUGACAAGCGUGAAUUCCGGAAGGUCGUUGAGAUCCAGACCCUACUCUACCCUACGGAAAUCAUCCAUCUCAAAGCGUUCUAUGGCUGGCAGCAAACGGUCGAGGAGCAUUACAAACGUUGCGUCUCCGGCCGUUGGGGUGCAGCUGCACGCUUGGAACAGAAAUGGGCAGAGUGGAUGGUCGCAAGCGAAGAGGUCGGGGUUGUCGGUCACGGCUGGAGCUCGAGACGCCGGAGGCGGCGGGCUCGUGAUGCCGAGUACCGUGUCAGAGAUGAUGAAGACGGUGCAGCUCAAGAUACUGGGACGGGUGACGAGGAGGGCAGUGGCCAGGAGUUUGCGCUUGGCCGGGCCCCAAGAGGAGGGCGACGGCGCGCCCGGAGUGGUGGUUGCGUGGUGAUGUGA